AGUCACCUUGUCCCUCGCCACCAUGGCCCAGAAAACACAGAAAAUCCGUCAAGCGGAUGGUAUACUCAGAGAUGUGCCUGAUCCCGGACAUCCUGCAAUUCUCCCGAAGGAGGGGGAGCGCAACAUCCUGAUCACCUCUGCCCUACCGUACUGCAAUAACGUCCCUCAUCUUGGCAAUAUCAUCGGGAGUACGCUCAGUGCCGAUGUCUUUAGCCGAUACAACCGCACUCGUAACCGGAGAACCCUCUACGUUUGUGGUACCGACGAAUACGGCACGGCUACCGAGACGCAAGCGUUGAAAGAGGGGAUCACCCCCAAAGAACUAUGCGACAAGUACCACGCCCUUCACGUCGCCACGUAUGAGUGGUUCAACCUUGGGUUCGACUACUUCGGUCGCACAUCUACCCCCUGGCACACGACCAUCUCGCAAGAGAUCUUCACCAAUCUCUACAAGAAUGGUUAUCUUGAAAAGCAGGACAAGGAGCAGACAUAUUGCGAAGGCUGCCCGAAAUUCCUUGCCGAUCGCUUCGUUGAAGGCACUUGUCCGCACUGCGGUUACGACGACGCCCGCGGCGAUCAAUGCGACGGCUGCAGCCGCACCCUCGACCCCAUCGACCUCAUCAAGCCGCGCUGCCUCGUCGACAAAACGCACGUCGUCACACGCAAAAUCUCCUCCCACAUGUACCUCAAGCUCAACGCGAUCCAGCCCAAGACCGAGGAGUGGAUCAAGGCGACGUGGAAGAAGGGCAAGUGGUCCCCGAACGCGGUCAUCAACAGCGAGGGCGAGAUCAUCGACCCGAGACUGAAGAACGGGCUGGUGCCGACGGCGAUUACGCGAGAUCUAACGUGGGGUGUGCCGGUGCCGGUGGUGGACGAGGCGCUGGAGGGGAUGAAGGAUAAGGUGUUGUAUGUGUGGUUCGAUGCGCCGAUUGGCUAUCCGUCAAUUACGGCGAACUACACGCCGGAAUGGCGACAAUGGUGGUUCAACCCGGAGCAUGUCAACUUAUAUCAGUUUAUGGGCAAAGACAACGUAUACUUCCACACCGUUUACUUCCCGUCAGUGGAGCUGGGCGACGGCAGGAAUUGGACCAUGUUGCACCACUUGUCGACCACUGAGUUCCUGAACUACGAGAAUGGCAAGUUCUCGAAGAGCAAGAACCGUGGUGUCUUCGGUCCUGCCGCAAAGGAGACUGGCGUGCCCUCAGAUGUCUGGAGAUAUUACCUGCUCUCCACUCGCCCAGAGACCGGCGAUGCUAUGUUUUCGUGGUCAGAAUUCAUCGCCGCCAACAACAACGUCUUGCUGAACAACUUCGGCAACUUCGUCAACCGCGCCCUCAAGUUCGUCACCUCACAAUACGACUCCAUCGUCCCCGACGGCGGGGACGCGCCAGGGCCCUACAGCCCCAACGAUGUCAACGACGCCGACUUCAUCGCCGACGUCAACAACCUCCUCGCCGAAUACACCGCCAACAUGGAGGCCGUCAAGCUCCGCGCCGGCCUCCAGACCAUCAUGGCCCUCGCCGCGCGCGGCAACGGCUACCUCCAGGCCUCCAAGCUCGGCAAGGCGCUCAUGAUCGAGGACCCGACGCGCUGCGCGCAGGUCCUCGCGCGCGCGGUGAACCUCAUCUACGUGCUCUCCGUGCUCGUGUACCCGUACAUGCCCGCAACGAGCAACGCGAUGCUCGCGCAGCUGAACGCGCCCGCGCGCGUCGUGCCUGAGGCGUUCGGCAACGACAUCCUUGCGGGGCAUGUGCUGGGCACGCCGGAGCACCUCUUCAAGCGCAUCGAGGAGAAGCAGGCGGAGGCGUGGCGCGCGCGGUUCGGCGGGGCCGAGGCGGACGGCGGGAAGGAGGAGGAGGCGCCGAAGAGCAAGCGCGCGGCGAAGAAGGCGGCGAAGGCGGACAAGCAAGAGAAGGCGGCGAAGACGGACGUGCCAGCGGCGGUGAAGACGCCUGCGAUGGAGGCGCUGGAGGCGAGGAUUGCGGAGCAGGGGCAGAAGGUGCGCGAGCUGAAGGCAAAGCCCAAGUCGGCGGAGGUGGAUGCGGAGAUCAAGGCGGAGGUAGAGACGCUGAAGGGCCUGAAGGGCGAGCUGGAGACGCUGGCGAAGGCCGCGCCGACCAUUUGAAGCGCCAGCUAUCUGAAGGAACCCGUUGUUGGAUAAGAUGCAGUCAUUUCGAAAUCCUCGACAACGAUGAUCACCUGUAGCAUUAGGUUGUAGACCUAGCUGUUGUACUCGCGUCGACUCAACACGAUGCUAUCCCUCGAAA